UUGUAGCAAUAUUUCAGAAAUUUAAAUUACAACCCCCUAACCAAAAAUAAAAAGAAAAAGAAAACACUCUCUUUCUCUCUGCAUUCUCUUCUUCAUCCCCUACAGACACACUGCUCUCAGAAGAGGCUCAUAUCCUUGAUGAUCGCUGUCUCUCUGUUUCUUUCUUUCUAAAGUCUUUUCUUUUUCCUUGAGGAUCUGCAGGCACUUUUGGAAUCUUUAACAGUUUUGCAUAUUGAGCCAAUAAUUUUAUCUGCUGUUGCAGGUAUUUGCGCUAGUAUCACACCAUUGUUGGGCACUAUUUGCUUCAUAAUAUACUAGAAAAUGUUGGGAGGCAACAACAGUAAUCCUUUGCUGCCUGUUUUUGUGGAAGAUAAUCGCAUACCGUAUCAGACUAAUCCUUCAAAUCAGCUGCAGUUAUUUGUCCCAGCUGGAUGUAAUGUUGAUCCUGUGAAUUAUUUCGGGAAUGAGCAUAUGACCUCUAUGCUUCGUUCCAAUAAAAGAGGCAGGGAAGCUGAAGAUUUUAGUAGACAGCAAAAGUUACAGAUUUCCUUAAACUAUAACAUAUGUCAAGAUGAGGCUGACCGCUCAGCGAGCAUCCCGAACCCAAACCCUGUUUCAACUGGGUUACGCUUAUCAUAUGAUGAUGAUGAACGCAACUCUUCUGUAACUUCUGCAAGUGGAAGCAUGACAGCAGCAUCUUCAAUUAUCAUGUCCCUUGGUGACAAUAUUAGGACUGAGCUUGAUCGGCAGAAAGAAGAGUUUGAUCAGUAUAUAAAGAUUCAGGAGGAGCACCUGGCUAAGGGGGUGAGGGAUAUGAAACAGAGGCAUAUUGCUUCUUUUCUUGCUGCCAUUGAGAAGGGUGUAAGCAAGAAAAUGCGGGAAAAAGACCUAGAGAUAGAGAACAUGAACCGUAAGAACAAGGAAUUGAUUGAGAGAAUAAAGCAGGUGGCUAUGGAAGCACAGAAUUGGCACUAUAGAGCAAAGUACAACGAGUCAGUUGUGAAUGUACUGAAGAGCAACCUUCAAGCAGCAAUUUCACAGGGUGCUGCUGACCAAGGGAAGGAAGGGUUUGGGGACAGUGAAGUUGAUGAUGCUGCCUCAUACAUUGACCCAAACAACUACUUGAACAUGUCAGUUGGGCAUGCAAGACCGCAGGCGAGGAACAAUCAAGGAUUGAAGGAACAUAUGACCUGCAGAGCAUGCAAAGUAAAGGAGGUUAGCAUGUUGUUGAUGCCUUGUAGGCAUUUAUGUUUAUGUAAAGAAUGUGAUAUGUUAAUAGGUGUUUGUCCUGUAUGCCAGUUGAUCAAAACUUCUAGUGUUCAAGUGUACUUGUCCUAAAAAUAUGAAGUAAAUUACUAAGAAAGGUUACUUACAGAGUUAUCAUCUUCAUGCUGUGAGAUAUAUAAGAAGAUAAUGUCGGAGUUUCCUUCCUUGAAAUAUGAGUUGUAUGUGAAGUAACUCUAUUUCAUAAAAAAAUCGAGUUUGGGGUGAUUCUCUUUUGAUA